CUCCGGCCGCGCCUGCCCCGGCCGAGGAGGGGCCAGGCCGCGGGGAGUCGAGGAGAGAGGUGGGGAUUCUGGGAGCCGAGCUCAUUUCCUCCUCCCGGCCGCCCCUGGCCCGCACCCCAUCUCCACGUGCGGCGCCUCCGGAGCGCGGCCGAGCAACGGAGGAUGCUGGGCAUGUACGUACCAGACAGGUUCGCCCUGAAGUCGUCCCGGGUCCAGGACGGGAUGGGGCUCUACACGGCCCGCCGCGUGCGCAAGGGGGAAAAAUUUGGACCCUUCGCUGGGGAGAAGCGGAUGCCUGAAGACUUGGAUGAAAAUAUGGACUACCGACUGAUGUGGGAGGUACGUGGGAGCAAAGGAGAAGUUCUGUAUAUUUUGGAUGCUACCAACCCGAGACACUCCAACUGGCUUCGUUUUGUUCACGAGGCACCAUCUCAGGAGCGGAAGAACCUGGCUGCCAUUCAAGAAGGAGAAAAUAUUUUCUACUUGGCAGUUGAUGAUAUAGAAACAGAUACAGAGCUUUUGAUUGGCUACUUGGACAGUGAUGUGGAAGCAGAGGAGGAGGAGCAACAAGCUCUGACCCUGACCAAAGAAGGCAAAGUUGACCACUCUAAGGGACAGUUGGCAGCUGGAAGUAAAGGUCACCUUGGCUGUGAAGAGGACUUUGCCUGUCCACAGUGUGAAUCGAGCUUUCCCAGUGAGGAAGUCCUUACUGAGCACCUUCAGAGCUUGCACCAGAAGCCCACAGGGGAGAAAGAGUUCAAAUGCGAGAAGUGCGGGAAGAAAUUCCCUGUGAGGCAGGCCUUGCAGAGACAUUUUGAGCAGCACAAGAAGGCUUGCCGAGGGGAUGCCAGGUUUGUGUGCAAAGCCGACAGCUGUGGGAAGAGGCUGAAAAGCAAGGAUGCCCUGAAAAGGCACCAGGAAAAUGUCCACACUGGUGAUCCUAAGAGAAAGCUCAUGUGCUCGGUGUGCAAUAGAAGGUGCACCUCAGUGUCAAGCCUGCAGGAGCACAGGAAGAUUCAUGAGAUAUUCGAUUGUCAAGAAUGUAUGAAAAAAUUUAUUUCUGCUAAUCAGCUGAAACGUCACAUGAUUACCCAUUCAGAAAAGCGGCCUUAUAACUGUGAGAUAUGUAACAAGUCGUUCAAGAGGCUUGACCAAGUGGGUGCCCACAAAGUAAUCCACAGUGAGGACAAACCCUAUCAGUGCAAGCUCUGUGGAAAGGGGUUUGCUCACAGAAACGUUUACAAGAACCACAAGAAGACUCACUCUGAGGAGAGACCUUUCCAGUGCGAGGAAUGUAAAGCCUUGUUCCGCACCCCCUUUUCUCUGCAAAGACACCUGUUGAUCCACAACAGCGAGAGGACUUUCAAGUGUCAUCACUGUGAUGCCACGUUUAAGAGGAAGGAUACAUUAAAUGUUCAUGUCCAGGUGGUCCAUGAAAGACACAAGAAGUACCGAUGUGAGCUGUGCAAUAAGGCCUUUGUUACACCUUCAGUGCUCAGGAGUCAUAAGAAGACACACACAGGAGAAAAGGAAAAAGUCUGCCCAUAUUGUGGCCAGAAAUUUGCCAGCAGUGGGACCCUGAGAGUUCACAUCCGGAGCCACACAGGUGAGCGUCCCUAUCAAUGCCCAUACUGUGAAAAAGGAUUCAGUAAAAAUGAUGGACUGAAGAUGCACAUUCGUACUCACACCAGGGAGAAGCCCUACCAGUGCUCAGAGUGCACCAAGGCCUUCAGCCAGAAGCGGGGCCUCGAUGAACACAAGAGGACGCACACAGGAGAAAAGCCUUUUCAGUGUGACGUAUGUGACUUGGCUUUUAGCCUGAAGAAAAUGCUCAUCCGACACAAGAUGACUCACAAUCCUAACCGUCCGAUGGCAGAGUGCCAUUUCUGCCAUAAGAAGUUUACAAGGAAUGACUACCUCAAAGUGCAUCUGGACAAUGUCCAUGCUGUGGCUGACGGCUGAGGGGCUGUCAGGGAACCAACCACGUGAAAGAGCUUCGAACAGGAAUCCCAGACUCUUCUUAUCUAAUUGGCUUAACAGAAAUAGCCAAAAAGAACUCAUUGAUCUGACAGUGUUUAUGUGCCUAUCCUUGGAAUCUAUAGAUGCAAAAAAAAACAAAACAAAACAAAACAAAAAACAAAACAAACAAAAAAAAACAAAAAAAACCUUCCUUUUACUAAAAAGAAAUGCAAAUACAAAAAUAAUAAUAAUAAUAAUAAUACUUUGUAGAUAAGAGUAUUCUGGCUGAUUAAAAACCAAAUACAGA